AUGACGAGCCUCUUGAAAACGUCAAGUCCUAUCACAUCACUCUCCGCUUCGCCAGAGUUGGGGCUUCUGCUGCUCGGAGAUACUUCCGGCUCGGUCAUUUUGCUGGACUUGAACACAGGCUGUGAACGGCAGAAACUCCAACUGGCAGAUCCCGUCCUGGCGGUGGCCUUGGCACAUCCCAUCCGUGCCCUGCUGGCGGCUGGUGGUCGAGCAGUCACUGAGAGCUCCACAGUGGCGGUAUGGGAUGUGGAUUCAGGCACUCUGCGUGCUGAGAUGAAAUACAAACAUCUGGUCACGUCCCUUACUUUCUCGCCGUCACUGCGAGUGGCCAUCACUGGAGACGGAAGUUUCGAUCAGAAGAACACAACGGGUCGAGUCGUUUUGUGGAAUCCGGACACCUUGGAACAACAUCGGAAACUGCCCUGUGCAGGUGCUGUCACCUGUGUAAUAUGUACCCCUGAUGGUUUCAUUCUCUCAGCCGAUCGCAGUCGAAACAUUUGCAAGUGGCAUCCUGAGAGCGGAGAGAAACUGCAGGAGAUUCCUGUAGAGCAAGGGCUUCCCUGGUGCUUGGCUGCCGACGAGGCGCAGAGAUUCUUUAUCUACUCUGCUUGCAACUUCAAGGAGAACUUCGGCUGUCUUUGCCUUUUUGGUGAUACAUUAGAACAGUACGAGGAAUGUGGACAUCCAGUGCUUUCUGCGGCUUUCUUGCCGGACGCACCCGUGAUUGUCGUCGGACUCCGCAAUGGAGACAUCAUCCUGUGGGACUUUGAGGUCAAAGCACGUCGGAAGCUGUUGAAGAUGACCUCGGCUGUCAAUGCCCUGGCCCUAAACUUGGUGAGAGGAGAGCUCGUUGCGGGUGACAAGAGCGGACAGCUUUGCAGUUGGUUACUUGGCAUGAUGGGGUAUCAGGCCACUGGCCUUGUUGCUUUCAGAUUGAGCUCUGGUCCUUUCACCUCCAUCCUCCGGCGCCAGAAGCAUGGCACGGCCGCGGCGACAUGGCCACAUGAAGCACAACCCGAAGAAUCGAAGCACCCGAAGCUGAACACCGCAUGCUUGGCCGUUGCCAUUCUGAGCAGUUCCAGACGGCAGAGAUCUCGCAGAUCGGUAUCUCGACGUGUACGUGGAAGAGGAUUUGGCAAAGGUUUUGGCAUUGAAGGCGGAAAACUCGUUUGGACAAUGGGAUUGCAGCCAGUCAAGCUCCCACGUGAGUUGCAGGCGUGGCUGAAGACCCUGCAGCCUGAAGUCAAAGAGGUGAUCAGAGCCAUUGAGGACAACUACGGCCACAAAGCUUGGAUUGUGGGAGGGGCUAUUCGCGAUGUAUUGCUGGGUGUGGAGCCGUCAGACGUGGACAUUGCCACGACUAUGUCCCCUCAGUCACUUCAACAGAUCUAUCCACGGUCCAUCAUGGCUGGAGCCAAGUAUGGCGUGAUCACGGUGAGGCACAAGGAACUGUUUGUUGAGUGUGCUCUCAUCCGCAAACCCCCAGAGAGUCAUGAAGGCCAACGCACAGAGGAGGUACAACGUGCGGAGAGUCUCUUGGAGGACUUGUCUGCGAGAGAUUUUACUGUAAACUCCAUGGCCGUGGAUGUGCUGCGGGAGACAUUCUACGACCCCUUUGAUGGUCGCAAGGAUGUGAAGGAGCGGGUGCUCCGCUCUGUUAGUCGACCAGCUGUCCUGAUGGUGCCGCCCCUGGAGGCGUUGCAAGGCCUGGAGGACCCAGUCCUGGACUCUCGCCGGCGCUUGCCGUCACUGUUCGGUGGAGAAGUGUUUGCUGCCAUGAAGCCCAACCCUGUGAGUAUGCAUAGCUGGAUCCAUGAAUUUGCACACCCAGGCACCCUGGCGGAGUUUUUGGUGGAGGAGAUCCCCAUCCGCUUUGCCGAAAGAAUUCGUUGGAUCGAACAGGUGAAUGAGUGGAAAGACGUGCCGGAACUGGUGGAGUCGCACUUGAAGCACACAGCCUCUUUCUCGUACAUGCGUAAAGCGGACCCGAAGGAUCCCGUGAAGUUCCAGAAGACCGUGCAGAAGGUCCUGAAGCGGCAGGACAACAUGGUGGAACUGAUGACUUUGGGAAUGCAGAAGCUGCGGAAACUUCGUCAAGCGGAGAAUUUUGAUGGCUUCUCCAACAAGUUUUUGGACAAUUUCUUGUUGAAUCGACUUGGUUGUAAUUUGCUGCUAUCGCAUUACCUUGCAUGUGCUCAUCCUCAUCGCAAGAUGAUUGGCAACACGGCUGAGACAGGGAAGUUCAGGGCAUUAUCGACCCUCAAUGUGAUGCGGUGGAAACUUGCAGAGCGGCUGGUCAGGAGAUUCUGGGCGCAUGCCGCGAUUUCCUGGGCCGUCAACCUGUUCUGCGAGUGGAAGGAUUUUCGCCCGAGGGCCACCAAGGUCUUGCGCCGCGCAGCUUGGCGUCGAGGCUUCACCUACAUCCCUGGCAUCCUCACCUUCAUCAUGAGGGAAUUGCUUAAGAACAGCUUCAGAGCUACUCUCGACAUCACUCCAGACGAGGAGCUCGAGAGUCGUCCGAUCGAAGUGAUCGUUUGCGCCAAUGAAGCGCAUGUCAUGAUUAGAGUCAGUGACCGUGCACAAGGAAUCCCUAUCGAAGUUGGAAAUCGAGUGUGGUCUUACAUGUACACAACCUCCUCGAAGGCAUCUCCUCUGAGCGGUUACGGAGUCGGGCUGCCACUCUCACGGCUGCAUGCCAGGUACAUGGGCGGUACGUUGGAACUCAUUUCCUUGCCAGGUUAUGGUUGGGGGCCACAGCGAGCUGGGACGGAGGGGUGGAGUCGACCGAAUGUUGAAGAAUGA